AGCGAGAAACAUUCUUUUUUUUAAAAAAAAAAUUAAAUAAACAGGUCCCAGCAGCUCGUUCGAUUCAAUUAAGCUGCGGCAAGAUAUUUAAGGACCAACACACAGCGAUCCUGCCCAUUGCCCCGUUAUUUUCCCCACACCAUGUCAUCCUUCAUCCGCAAGACAGCCCUGACAGCGGGCCCGCGGGGGCCCGCCCUACUCGCCCGCCGAUCCCUCCUCCUCCCGAUCGGCCUCAGCCGCCGCAGCUUCCACGGGACCCCAACCCGCCAGAACGGGAGUAGCGUCAGCGGCAACGGCAAGAACCCUUACCUCCUCCCGGAGUUCAGCCUCAAGGACCGCGUGAUCGUGGUCUCCGGCGGGGCGCGCGGCGUCGGGCUGACGCAGGCCGAGGCGCUGCUCGAGGCGGGCGCGGUGGUGCACGCGCUGGACCGGCUGCCGGAGCCCGGGGCGGGGAGCGACUUUGCGCGGGUGGCGGACCGGGCGGCGUCGGAGCUGGGCGGCAGAGACGACGGUAGGAGUCCUCGGCUCAGCUACCACCGCGUCGACGUGCGCGACCAGGCGGCGCUGGGCGAGAUCGUCGGCGGCAUCGCCGAGGCCGAGGGCCGCAUCGACGGCCUCAUCGCCGCCGCCGGCAUCCAGCAGGAGACGCCCGCGCUCGAGUACACGGCCGAGGAUGCGGACCGCAUGUUCGGCGUCAACGUCACCGGCGUCUUCAUGACGGCGCAGGCCGUCGCGAGGGAGAUGAUCAAGCGGAAGCAGAAGGGGAGCCUGGUCUUUAUCGCGAGCAUGAGCGGGACGGUGGCGAAUAGGGGGUUGAUCUGCCCGGCGUACAACGCAUCUAAGGCGGCAGUCCUGCAACUCGCCCGCAACCUCGCCGCCGAAUGGGGCGAGCACGGCAUCCGCGUCAACACCAUCUCCCCCGGAUACAUCGUCACCGCCAUGACCGCGGGCCUGUUCGAGGACGUUCCCGAGAGGCGGACGGCAUGGCCCGAUGCCAACAUGCUCAAGCGGCUGAGUUACCCGGAGGAGUACCGCGGCGCCGCCGUCUUCCUGCUCAGCGAUGCCAGCAGCUUCAUGACCGGCGCGGACCUGAGGAUCGACGGAGGCCACUGUGCGUGGUAAGACGAGGAGUGUGCGUUGAUCGACCGCCGCCGGAUGCGUGAAAUUUAGCCGGAUAUUCUCUCACAUGGCUCGGGGUAUCCGUGGAGGGGUAAUAAUAAUGUACAUGAACCAGUAGUGGUGGUGGGAUAUUGGUCCCUGAAGACAUUAAAUGGCGAAGC